CCUCCCAAUGCUCUCUCUCUCCAUCCCGACUCUCUCUCUCUUGUAUGUUUCUUCCUAAUCGUAGUUGGUGCCGCCGCUGAAUACAAAUGGAUUAAAGCACAUGCAACGUUUUAUGGCGACAGGAAUGGUGUAGGAACGAUGGAAGGUGCAUGUGGCUAUGGCGAUCUGAUCAAGCAAGGAUACGGCCUCGAGACGACAGCCCUUAGCACGGCCCUCUUCAAUGACGGUCUCACGUGCGGCGCAUGCUAUGAGAUAAAGUGCUACAAUGAUAAACAAUGGUGCAAAUCAGGCUCAAUCAAAGUGACUGUUACAAACUUCUGCCCUCCUAACUACUCUUUGCCGAGCGAUAAUGGCGGAUGGUGCAACCCACCUCGCAAGCACUUUGAUCUAACCAUGCCCAUGUUCUUGAAGAUAGCAAUUUACGAAGCUGGCAUUGUCCCCGUUCUCUACCGGCGGACCACUUGCAUCAAGUCAGGUGGUGUGAAGUUUGAAAUCAAGGGCAAUCCCUACUGGAUACUUGUAUUAGUGUACAAUGUUGCCGGCACUGGAGAUGUAAUCGACAUGAAGAUCAAAGGCUCGAACACAGGUUGGAUCCAGAUGACCCGUAAUUGGGGUCAGAACUGGCAGACUUCGGCCCGCCUGUUGGGCCAGGGCUUGUCAUUCCAAGUCACUACUCGUGACCAGCGGAUGGUGCAAUCGGACAAUGUUGCACCGGCAAACUGGCAGUUCGGGCAGACCUUCGAGGGGCGACAAUUUUAG